AUGUUGACAACACUUAUCGAUGGACUGUUAAGUAUACAGAUAUUAUAUGUACCAUUGCUCUAUUACAUUGUUAUUGCCCUGUUGAUACUAGCAGCAUGGGCAGUAUAUUUGUUGUUUAUAGAAGAGGAGGGUCCACUCUGGCUACCUGGAGAGUGUGUAUAUGUGAACCCAGUCGACUCCACCGAGCACUCAUUCCCAUCGAUCACUGAUUCCAAAGCUUCACUAUAUCUAUCACUCAUCGUGCCAGCCUACAAUGAACAGGAUAGGUUGCCAAAGAUGUUGGAUGAGACAUUGACAUACUUGCGUAACAAGUCCAGGAAGGACUUGAAGUUCUCAUAUGAGAUCAUCAUUGUGGACGAUGGUAGCAAGGACAAGACUGCACAGAUUGUUCAGACCUAUGUCCAGAAGGAGUCAGUCGACAAGAUCAGAUUGCUCAAGCUCAAGAAGAACAGAGGCAAGGGUGGUGCAAUCAAGAGAGGUAUACUAUGCGCAAGAGGAAAGUACUGCCUGAUGGUGGACGCGGAUGGAGCAACAGACAUUGCAGACUUUGAUAGGAUUGAGGAUAUGAUGCUGAUGGUCGAGGAUAAGGGACAGGGAAUCGUUUGUGGUUCACGAUCACAUUUGGUCGAGAGCGAAGUCGUGGCCAAGCGAUCGGCCCUCAGGAACUUCUUGAUGUACGGCUUCCACCUGUUUGUCCAGACACUCUGCGUCAAGGGCAUCAAGGACACGCAGUGCGGAUUCAAGUUGUUCUCGCGAGCCACUGUCCGCGACGUGUUUAUCAACCUGCACAUUGAGCGCUGGGCCUUUGACGUGGAGCUGCUAUUCAUUGCUCAGCAGCUCAACAUCCCCAUCGCCGAGGUGGCUGUCAACUGGACCGAGAUCGAUGGUUCCAAGCUGGAUCCAUUCUCCAGCUCCAUCCAAAUGGCCAAGGACAUCCUUCGCAUUAGACUGAGAUACCUAUUCAGGAUAUGGUCAUUGAAGAAGGUCAAGACAACUUAA